CUUAGUUACUAUUAUAUAUUAAAUACAUCAUCUUCACUUAGUUACUAUAUCAGCUUAGUAACUAAACUAUGUUCAAUAAUUUAAAUAGUAUAGAUAUAACUAAUCGAAUAUCUAUGAAAUAAACCAAUCAAAUUUAUUCUAUUGAAAUUUGUGUAUCAUUAUAUCAUGAUAAAUAUACAUAUCAAUCAAUCAAUAAUACCACAGAUACUAAAUACAUCAUGUAUUAUAUGAAUGAUUGAACUGCUAUUCUAAUAAUCAUGUUAUAUUCAUUAUAAAUUCCUUAUUGAUUAUGGAAUCUGUUUCCCUUGAACUCUUAGAUGUUCUACCAACCAGUGUGUUAUUAAAUGUAUUCGAUGUUAAAAUAUUAGAUCAAUGUAUCAUAUGUAUGGAAAAGUAUUGUAUUGGAGAUGAAGUAAUACGACUUCCAUGUUUUCAUGCAUUUCAUGAUGAUUGUUUUGUUGAUUGGAUUUUAGAGUGUUUAGAUUGUCCAAUAUGUCGAUGGCCAGCAUUUGAAUUUGAAUAGGGGGAUGAAUAAAAGAAAAUAAAAAAAAGUGGUACAAUUUUUAUCCCCAAGUUCCAUUGAACGAUCUUAUUUUCUUAUGGAUUCAUGUAAAUAGUUCAUUAAUUUAUUGACCCCUAUCCCUAUUUUUAUUUUUUAAUAUUUGAGUAAUGAAAACACGAUAUUGAUUUGUUAGAAGAACAUAUAUUUGAGUUAUAUUUCUUUUUUUUUAUGAUGAAGAUGGAUAGUUGCUAACGGGGGAAAUCCAUUUUGACGUGUGUUUCGUCCUAUUUAGGACUCGUCAGUUAAAUGUAGCUAAUAUUCAGUUCAGGACUUGAACCGAUAAUCGUUCAUUUUAAAUGCUACCAUGUUAUUCACCUAGCUAUUGAGUUCAGAUAGUCAAAAGUUUGAAGAAAUAGGGGAAAAGUUUUAAUCUAUUUUUGUAUUGUAUGUUUGAAUCUUCUCAUUGAUGUUAAGGAUUGUAAUUGAUCAAACUGACUUGUUAUUGUUUUAAGUCAUAAGCUUUAUAAGCAAAGAUGGAUAGUGACUAGUAGUGAAAUCCAGUUUGAA